UGCGCCGUGCGGGUUGACGUCAUGGGCGGCGGCAUUACUAUAAGAGCGCGGAGGAAACGCGUGUGGUCCUUUUCCUCAGUUACCGGGGGUCUGCUCUUCGGCGCUGACGGGCAAGCGGAGCCAACAUGCCGGUGGCCCGGAGCUGGGUUUGUCGCAAAACCUAUGUGACCCCGCGGAGGCCCUUUGAGAAAUCCCGCCUCGAUCAAGAGCUGAAACUGAUCGGCGAGUAUGGGCUUCGGAACAAACGUGAGGUCUGGAGGGUCAAAUUUACCCUGGCCAAGAUCCGCAAGGCUGCCCGGGAGCUGCUGACGCUGGACGAGAAAGACCCACGGCGUCUGUUUGAAGGCAACGCCCUGCUGCGGCGCCUCGUCCGCAUCGGUGUACUGGAUGAGGGCAAGAUGAAGCUGGACUACAUCCUGGGCCUGAAGAUCGAGGACUUUUUGGAGAGGCGCCUGCAGACUCAAGUCUUCAAGCUGGGCCUGGCCAAGUCCAUCCAUCACGCCCGUGUGCUCAUCCGCCAGCGUCACAUCAGGGUCCGCAAGCAGGUGGUGAACAUCCCGUCCUUCAUUGUCCGCCUGGACUCCCAGAAGCACAUCGACUUCUCCCUCCGGUCCCCUUGGUCCCUGUGGGGGCUUCUGGUCUCUGAGGCCUCCUCCCUGGAGUGA